CAAAUGCCAAUGCCACAUGCCACAUGCCACAUUCACAUUAAAUAAAAAUGAAAUUGUUCCGUGUUACAUUACAAUAUAAUAUAAGCAAGCCUGAUUACCAAAAAUGUAUAUGUUACACAAAAUUAUCUCGUGUAUUGUACGGAAUAAUAAUGAAUUAUUGAAUUAAAGAUCUUCAGUGAUUCUGUGAUAGCAACUUUGCUUUAGAGUACUUUCUGAUAAAAAAAAAGCGCAAUGGGUACAACCGGCUCCAGGCGCGAGACACUAAUAGUUGGCUUCCUGUGCGCAGCGUGGUAUAUGUUAAGUUCAGCCAGUAAUGUCGUGGGCAAACUGGCAUUAACAGAGCUACCAUUUCCACUAACUAUGACAGCGGUACAGCUGUGUGCAGUGGCCUCGCUGAGUGUACCCGCGCUAGCCCUGUGUGGAGUACGUUCGACGCGAUGGCCGACGAACUAUUGGACCCGUGUCUUAGUACCCUUGGCGAUCGCCAAACUUCUUACCACACUGUGCUCGCAAGUUUCCAUUUGGAAAGUGCCAGUCUCCUAUGCCCACACAGUGAAAGCGACGACUCCUCUCUGGACGGCGGGGCUGGCUCGCGUACUGUUUGGGGAGCGCGUGUCUCGCGGCGUGGCGGGCGCGCUGCUCGUGAUCGCGGGAGGGGUCGCGCUCGCCUCGCUCACCGAGCUGCAGUUCGAUGCGCUCGGGCUGGGAGCCGCGCUCACGUCCGCCGCGCUGUUGGCGCUGCAGCAUCUGUAUUCGAAGCGGGCGCUGCAGGACUCCGGCGUGCACCACUUGCGACUGCUGGCGACGUUGUCGGGUCUGGCGCUGGUGCCGAUGGCUCCGUUGUGGUUGGUGCGGGACGCCGGCGCCGUACUGCGCGCCCAGGUGGCGUGGAACCGCGCGGGCCCGCUGCUGCUGGCGGACGGGGUGCUGGCGUGGCUGCAGGCGGUGGCUGCGUUCUCGGUGUUGUCGCGAGUGUCGCCGCUGACGUACUCAGUGGCGUCGGCUGCGAAGCGCGCCGUGGUGGUGGGCGCGUCGCUGGUGGUGCUGAGGAACCCGGCGCCGCCGCUGAACGUGGUGGGCAUGUCGGUGGCAGUGCUGGGUGUGCUGGCUUAUGACCGAGCCCGAGCGGCCGCCCGCCGCGCCCCCCGCCCCGCGCUGCCAGUCUGACAUUCGAUCACUUUAAUGUUCGAACGCUGUUUCUUAUGUCACAAUAAACUUUUAUUUCUACCGUUUGGUUUCAUUCAUAUCCUUGAGAUCCAAGAGUUUUAACCAGCAAAAUUAAAAAAAUAUAUGUUUAUAUGCCACCUCGAGAGAGGUCAAAGUUACAUUUUUUUUGUUUAAGUUCUGUCCCGCCCUGAUCGCCGGAACACGCCCCACAAGUUAGU